AUGGCGGUCUAUUGCUUCAGCUUGUUUGCAUGCUUAGCUGUGCUGUCAUUGGUGGCUGCUGAAGCACUUCCUCUUAACUCUAUUCCGGCCAUGUGCGUCGCCAUCUGCGGACCAAUCGUCGAGCUGAGUUCGAUGUGCAGUCCAAAAAGAUCUUUGGGGAGUCUCGAAAGUGGUAUGAAUAGAGAAGCGCAUUAUCCGAAGCGAGCCGAGCACCUCGAUGGCAGGCGAAUCGAGAAGCAUUUGACAGUCAUUGUCGCAGCGCCUACGUCGUUGCCUUCGGGACUAUUAGGACUAUUGCAUAGUCUAUUUCCACCAGAGCCAUCAGCUUCGCCGGUACCGCCAGCUCCAUGGCCAGAAUCAUCAUUGUCAUCGUCACCGAUUCUACCCUCGGAGCCUCUAGCAUCUACGCCGCCGCUACCAAACAACUAUCUUACUAUGCGGCCGUCGGUCCAACCUCUCCCAACCACAUCAAGUAAUCCUCUCUCUACGGACACUACAGUACCACGUCCAGCCCCUACGCCAACUGUAACAUCGAAUUCUCGGCCACCUAUGUCGACCGCUUCCAUCAAGAAAGGGAUGAAAACUCCCGACCUGGCUACCAUUUCAACAGCCACCGCUAGCCAACCCCAACCAAUGAUGCCGACUGUUCUGGGAUUAGAUGGAGAUACGGGGGGUGAAACAAGCGGAUGGGGAAUGACGGAGAACGCAGAAGAGCAGUGCGUAUGCUCCAACGAGAGCUUUAAUGUGGCAGAGAUUACUGGGCUAUGUGCGAGCUGCAUAAAUAUGAUUGCCAAUUCGCAAAAUGAUGUAGAGGUUAUCAUGUCGGUCUGCGGCUUUCCACCGCAGCAAUACAGCCCAGAGAAAGACAGCUUGGCGAGCAGCAUCAACGUCCAGGCCACUAGGCCGACGGCAAGUACUGGAAGUGCCAAAUUGAAUGAAGCAUCUCGGUCAGUUUGGGGUGCGAACGUUGGACUGGCUGCUGGCACUGCGGCUUUCGUGAUUGGUGUGUUAACGAUACUAUGA